AUGACCUUUGGGAAAGACACGCGCGACCUCCUUAUCGAAUGCUGUGUUGAGUUCCUCACGCUCGUAUCUUCCGAGUCGAAUGAGAUCGCCGAGAAGGAUGCGAAGAAGACCAUAGGCUACGAACACGUGAAGCAAGCAUUGGAGGAUCUUGGCUUUGGCGAUAUGGUGCCUCACAUCGCGAAGGUGGCUGCGGAAUUCAAGGAUACCCAGGCGAAGCGCGAACGGAAGCAGACCAAGAUUGAGCAGAGCGGAAUGACUGAGGAAGAGUUGGUUCGCGUGCAGCAGGAGCUCUUCCGGUCCGCGACGGAAAAGUUCAACGCUGGCCCUCAAGAGUCUACUGAAGGUUCGUAG